GCAGUAUGAAGAGAAAAAACAUUUAUUUGGUCAUUAGAUCAUGUAAUCAGUGCAGAACUUAAAUCCAUCAAGGACUGGCUUUUAAAGAUAUGAAACUGUUAUAUUCUAAUCGGUUUACAGUGCUUUGUCUUAAAGGAUAAAACUUUUUUCUGAAACCAACACCAUACUAUAGAAGAGUAUUUUUAAAGAACGUAUUAUUUAUACGUAUUGGUGACUUACACCCUUGAAAAUCUGUCACCCACAUUCAUAUGUGAACCUUUCGAUAUGCAGUAUAUUUUAAGAACUGAAAAGCUUUUGAGCUGGUGGAGAUUUGCUCACAAACAGUACAUAAGAUGAACCUGGUGUAUUAACGGAGGUCCGGUAGGGUCGUUAAACAAAGCGGUACAAAUCAUUUAAAGCAAAGCCGUUCCGCUGCUUGCACACCAGCCAAGAUAUAGCAGUGCGUUUGAUGAUAUGUUUCAGACCUGAGGCAUUACAAAAUCGUUUAUAUUUGGUUGGAAAUGGCCUCAUGCUGGGGCAGCAUGGUGGUGCAGUGGUUAGCACUGUUGCCUCACACCUCUGGGACCCGGGUUCGAGUCUCCGCCUGGGUUACAUGUGUGUGGAGUUUGCAUGUUCUCCCCAUGUCGUCGUGGGGUUUCCUCCGGGUACUCCAGUUUCCCCCCACAGUCCAAAAACAUGCUGAGGCUAAGUGGAGUUGCUAAAUUGCCCAUAGAUGUGCCUGUGAGAGUGAAUGGUGUGUGAGUGUGCCCUGCGAUGGGCUGGCCCCCCCAUCCUGGGUCGUUCCCUGCCUUGUGCCCAUUGGGCUCCGGACCCCCCGCAACCCAGUAGGAUAAGCAAUUUGGAAAAUGGAUGGAUGGAUGGAAUAAAACCUACCUUCUAGUUCAUUGCACUGUGAUGGCAAUUGUUAGCCUGUUAUAACAGUUUAACAUACCAACUCUUAAGCUUAAUUUAACAAUUGGCAAGGGGACAUGAAAAUUGUAAAUGAAUUGAUGGGGUCCAAACAAAUUUUCAUUUGAGUCUUGGUCUGGUUAUGCCAUGUUAGUUCAUUGUUAUUUUCAAUGGUAUAAAUACUGCCUUAAGUACUUGUAUCGGUACUCGUUAUCAGCAAAAACACAAAUGUAUGUACUCGUACUCGUACUCAUACUCGGUCCUUACUAACAGCUUUUUCUGGCCAUGGACAGUGUUUUUGGGCAGCGCCAGGUGAGUUACAUGCAUAUUUUAAAAAAAAUAUGUAAAGUGGCAUUUUUAUUUUUGCCACAGAAUAUUCUAGCAGAGAUAUAAACCCGUAAAUCAGGAGCUCGGAAAGUGAGAACUACCUGUAUUGCCAAAAGUAUGUGGACAUCCGGAUAAAUUAGAUGAAUUGCUACACCUAUUGCUGACACAGUUGUAUAAUUAAGCACAGUCAUGAAACCUCCUACAACGAUCAAUACCAGCAGAGUGGGUGGUUGUACAGAACAGUGAGUUUAGUGACUUGCCAUCUGGUGCCAUUAUAGGACGCUACUCUCCCAUCAAGUCAGAUUGCCAGAUUUCUGCCCUGCUAGAGCUGUCCUGGUCAAUGGCAAGUUAAGCGACUGUGAAGGUCAAAUCAUCUGGGACCAAGUUCAAGUGUGAAAUGGCGGCUAUUUUGUUGGGGAAUGAGACGUUGCAUAAACAUAAAGUGAAAUGUGCAUAAAGUGCACAUUUCUAGUCAACAUCAGUUCGUAAAUCAUAAACCCAUUAAGAAAAUGGAUGUUUGACAAAGAUAAGAUAGCGAAUGGAAUUCGAACUUGCUCGUAAACUUGCCUGAAUGAUGAACAUUAAGAGGGAAGAUCUGUGGCAAUCUGCUUACCUUCCUCAAUGGAAUACCAAAUCUUUGGAACUAUGAAGAACCAUUUUUCCUGGAAACCUCUAGUAGUUGUAGAGGUCGCUGUGAUUUUAUUGAUGGCUCUGCCCUCUUGCAAUAGUGGAAAUAUUCUGGUAAUCCCUGUGGACGGAUCCCACUGGGUAAAUAUGAAAGUGCUAAUGGAGGAACUGCAAUUGAAAGGACACAUCAUGACUGUGAUUCGAGGGUCCAAUACCAUGUACAUUGCUGAAAGGUCUCCUCUUUACACGACAAUCACAAUCCCAGUACAUGGAAAUAUAACAGAGGACUUCUUCCAUGAGUUUUUAGAGAAAAUGUUGGAAGUGCAACGAGGUGACAAGUACCUGAUAAAAUUCCUCAAAUUGCAGAGGGAUUUCUUAUCCAUGCUGUCUGAAGUUCACCGUUUUUCAUGCGAGAUGUUUUCUGAUAUGCUGGAAAAUACAGAACUGGUGAAAAGACUUCAGGAAGCCCAGUAUGAUCUAGUGCUCACUGACCCAGUUAUGGCAGGAGGGGUUGUGCUGGCUCAUUACCUUAAACUGCCACUGGUGCUGAAUGUACGCUGGAUCCCCAGUGGGGAGGGACAUUCGGCUUUGGCACCUACACCCCUGUCUUACAUCCCAUCGCCAGGCUCUGGGUUCUCAGACAGAAUGAGUUUCACUGAAAGGGUUAUAAACAUCCUUUACUAUGGCAUCAUCCUCUUCCAACAACGCUUUAUGAUUGGACCUCAUUACCAAGCUCUCUGUGACAGGUACUUUGAGUCAAGUUGUGAUAUUGAGACCCUCAUUCAGUCAGCGGAUAUAUGGCUCAUGAGAGCUGACUUUGUCUUUGAAUUUCCACGCCCUACCAUGCCAAAUGUGGUCUACAUGGGUGGAUUCCAGUGUAAGCCUCCCAAAGCCCUUCCAGAAGAUUUGGAAGAGUUUGUGCAGAGCUCUGGAGAACAUGGUGUCAUUCUAAUGUCUUUGGGAACCUUGGUUAACAGUCUCCCGAGUGAUAUAUGCGAUGAAAUUGCAUUUGUCUUUGCAACAUUGCCUCAGAAAGUCAUUUGGAGGCAUCUGGGAAACCGACCUUCCAUGUUAGGUAACAAUACCCUGAUAGUGAAUUGGAUGCCUCAGAGUGACCUCCUGGGACAUUCUAAAGUCAAAGCUUUUGUUGCUCAUGGAGGAACUAAUGGAGUUCAGGAAGCCAUUUACCAUGGUGUGCCCGUGUUGGGAAUCCCCUUAUUCUUUGAUCAAUAUGACAACCUCUUACGCCUCAAGGAAAAAGGAGCUGCAAAGAUCUUAGACAUCGCCACCCUAGAAAGAGGCAUAUUCUCCAGUGCUAUACAGGAAAUUCUCCACAACCCAUCCUACAGACUAAAUAUGCAGAGACUCUCAAGGCUGCACCGUGACCAGCCAAAUAAACCAUUAGACAGCGCCAUCUUCUGGAUCGAGUAUGUCAUGCGACACAAAGGUGCCGCUCACCUGCGUUCAGAGUCCUACAAGUUGCCCUGGUACGCCUACCACUCUGUGGACGUUAUUGCCACCCUUCUGGCUGUCCCUUUACUCCUGUUAUUAACCAUCAUUGGAGUUAUCAGGUAUUGUUGCUGCAGAGUUUAUAAAAUUAAAUCCGAAUGACUUUACUACCAACAACUGUGGAGACUUACUGAAUGGAAUAAGGGAAACGAAUAAGCGUAAUUGUAAUGGCAACAAUAUCAUAGUCUGUUCAUUAAAAAGUAAAAACACAUUUAAAAAAAUAACAAAUAGGAAACGUCCAUUGUUAGACGAAGAAAUAUGACCAAUUUGAAGACUAGUCUCAGAGUGGGAUUUCAAAUGAUUAACAAUGAUGGAUCUUGUGACUGUUUUAUACACUGUUAAAAAGAACCUGAGAGUGGAGACGUAUGCUGUACUUAUAUAUGUAUAUAUGUCUAAAGCAUGAUAUAGAAAAUAUAAAUGUACACUGUAAGGUACUGAUGGAAAUACAUUUCAAUUACUUGAAA